AUGCAACAGCUGGGAGGAGACCGCUCCUUGGGUGAUACCCUUAUUAAGCUGUUCUUUUGCACUGUGCUCUCUGACGAGCUCUUUGACCUUGACGAGCUCUUUGAACCUUGCACUGUGCUCCUUGGCGAGAUCUUUGUCCUUGCUGAGCCCUUCACUGGUUUUGACCUGCACUGCCAGUAUCUCUUCGAGCUUGAGCCAUCAGCGCCUUGCCUCUUGAACUAUGUCGAGCUCAGGUUCAACCACGCUGGACUCCAACUUCACGAAGAUGAUCGACGACCUGGUGCUGGCCGCUUCUUCAGAAACAAGGCCUUUGCAGCCCAGGAUGAUGAGACCUACGAUGACACAGAUGCCUAUGAUGAUGGCUACUACGAGUACGAUGAUGGCUAUGCAGCUACUGAGUACGACUUUGAAACUGAACUUGCAGACCAGGUCCCCUACUUUGACCUCAAGCUCAACGAACCGACAAUGGACCCACCAAUGGGAGAUGCUGUGGACCUGACCGUCUACGAGAAGGAAGAAGGUGCCAUGACUGCAGGCGAGCACUCUGCUCCACCUGAACCUGGCUCUCGAGCCGUCUUGAACAAGCACUGGAAGAUGUUUGAGAAUGCCAUGACCUCUGAGGAAAAUCGAGUCAAUGCUUGCAUCACCAAGGACGUGGUGCAGCAACUCAGAUCUCGAGGUGUCACUCGCUACUUGGAUCUCAACGUCCUCAACAAGAGACGCUUGGAAGAUGUGGGCACUGAUGAAGAGGUUCUUGAUGACGGCAAUUCAGAUCUUGAACAACCUGCUCACCGCCGUCGUUUGCUUGACUCCACCCUGAUCGAAAGACCUCCAAUUGCUGACGAGGAGUGCUCACCCUCCAUCCUCCAAGAAGAUGAGGACCUUGACACCCCUGAUCUUGGACUUUCAGAUCAACAAGGUCUGCCUCCUGGAUUUGAGGCUUCAUCUGCUCCACUUGGACUUUCGGAGCCGGCACAACCUGGAUUUGUUGAUGCCGAUGGAACUGCUCUCCAAGUUCCAAUCCCUGAGCUGUCAGCAGACAUUCCGAUCAGCAGUGGGGAACCUUCUCAAGAACCAAGUCCCACACACAUGGACACUGAGAUUUCCAACCAACGCCCUAUGACACCGAGCAAUUUGCCCAGACCAGCGAUUGAACAAGAUCUACUACACCAACCACCUUCUCUACUGACAACUUCUUCAAUCCAGCAGAGUCAGAUUCCAACUCCACAACCUACAACAUCACAAUCAACUCUACCAGAAACACAUCAACCUUCCUUGCCACCACCUGCACAAGUUCCACAACUUGAUCCAAUCACUGCAUCACUCUAUCAACCUGCAACAGAUGAAGACUUUAGAAGUCAUCGACGUCGCCUUGCGCAACAAGAAACAAUGUCUUUUGGACCAUUUCGUCGACGACGUGAACAGCAACAACCAACAGGUGAGCAUGGUUCCACACCAUAUGCUGAACCACCAUCCAAUGAGUCUGCCAACAACUUGGAAGACAGCCCUUUUGCCUUUGAGAUUGAAGACAUGGAGAUCAAUGCCUUACCACCUGGAUGGAAGCUCGAGAAUGGCUACAUCACUUUGGAUGACAAGACCCGUGACCACUGGGAACUUCGAGCUGGAUGUCUCAUUCGACAUCAUGCCAUUCCACGACGAGCUCUUUUUGAUCCUCGAUCUCUUUCUGCCCGCGACUUGCAACACUUGCCGGUGCCUUUGGAUUGCCUAGAUCCUGUGAGAGUCACGGUAUGCAAGUCGGACGAUGGCAUCAACCACUACUCCGACAAGAUUUCAGAAGAUGCACAUGAUGAUGAGGCUCCAGCUACCAAUGAUGAUGUGAACAUGACUGUGGAGCCCUAUGUGACUGAUCCCAACCUAACUUUUGAGAAUGCCCAGCUCUCUGCAGAUGUCGACGUGACACUGAAUGUCCAGACCCCGGAAGAUGUGCGCUUCAUGGAAGAGAUCUAUGACAUUGAAACCAAUGCAGCCCAUGGCGAGCCCUUUGUUUUACCGAAUAACCAGGUCCCUGUAGAGGCCUACUCCUUGAGCCAUGGCGGCGCUGGUGCUAUGCUGAAGUAUGUCUUCAUGGCCACUGCGUUUUGCACUGCUGAAUCCGUUAAACUGGAGGUCCAAGACCAAUGCAGUGCCGAUGAUGCGCCACUGACUGCGACAGCACAAUCAAUUUGGGUUUCAAUGCUGAUAGUUUUUCUGGCCUUUCUUCUGGGUCUUUUGUUUCACUACGUGGUCUCCAAACAGUUGAAGGAGGAAGUGAGAUCUCUUAGAGAUGCCAACGCCCAACUGCUUCGAGGCCAAACCAACAUGGAGCUUACCAACCGCCAGUUGAAUACAGAGAACCGGCGAUUGAGAAGCACCUUGAUUGACCGUGAGUUGGUCAUUGACAACAACCAAGAGUUGAGAGAACAAGAACGACAAGAUGAUCGAAACACCAUACGACGAGCCAGCGGCAUCCUUGAUCGUGCCAUGACAGAAACUUGGAACUUGAACCAGUUCCACCUACACUUUGCCACGACUGGUAGAUGCUGGCAUGCUGACACAAAUUGCGCGGGCCUACAGAAUGCCAACCGCGUUGAAACGCGUGAAGCCUGCACUUUUUGUUUGAGCCGUUGCCUUCCACCUUGGAUCCCUGACCAGACUUUUGGCACUACUUUGAAAGAAGAGAUCGAACGUUUCUGGCAAGACCAUGGAAGGGUGAACUAUGUGGAUUCGAUCAUCCACUGA